UAUGUUCUGGUUUUCUUUUCUGUGACAUGUCAAGAUAAUAUUUAAAAAUAACAAAACUGAAAAAUUUAAAUGUAAUCAAAAGGAUAUGUUUAUUCAUACAAAAAAUAGUAAAAUAACAAAAUGUUUCGUUCUUUGUAUAAGCGUAUUCUUUCUGUCAGCACUUCCUUUGCAGUGCCAAGAGCUAGAUACCAGAAUUUCGUGAUGUCAGAAGCACUGACUCAAAUAGAAAGGGAAUGUGAACGUUUCUGUCCAGUGCCGAGAUUUCCACCACGGAAGGUGACUGUGAUAGGUGCUGGUAGUGCUGUAGGGCGUAUUGCAUCACUGUUCCUCAAGCAACAGAACAUAAUUCGCACUCUAGCUUUGUACGACGACGUACCGCAAAGGAAGGUUCUUGGUGUUGCUAAUGACAUUGCCCAUAUCGACACCAGCACCGCCGUGGAGGCGUAUCAGGGGAAAAUGUUCUUGAGACCGGCUCUUGAUAACACAGACGUGGUGUUGAUCUGUGGCGGAUGUUACGUGACGCCGCCGUGCUGCAACACCUUGGGUCGAGAGCUGUUCUUCAACAAUAUGCAGCUGGUGCGCACCACCGCGCUCGCAGUUGCGCAGUUCUGCCCGCACGCAAUCGUCGCCAUACAGACUCCGCCGGUCGACUGCAACUUUGCUUUGGUCGAACAUACAUUGAAAGCGGCGCAUGUUUAUGACAAACGACGGGUGCUGGGUGUGAACUCCAUCAAUACGAUGCGUGCCAACCAACUGUUCAGCGCUAUCACUGGCAGCGAUCCUGGCACCUCCACUAUGCCGGUAGUCUGUGGCACUGGCCGAUGCACUAGGGUUCCUGUUUUCUCCGCUGUUAAAGCUGGCAACUUUCCACAAUCCCAAGUUGAUUGCCUAACUCGUCUGGUCCGCGAAGCUGACGAUAUAAUUUGCAAAGUAAAGAACAACAACGAACAAGGCCAUCUCUCUAUUGGAUUCUCCACGGCUAGAUUUGUGCUUAACAUUAUGAAAGGUCUGUUCGAAAAGCCGACAUUUAUCGACAGUGCCCUGGUGGAACAAGAGGACCCUGAGAAAUGUUACAACAUGCAGUAUUGUGCAACUCCAGUCACGGUUGGCAAAGGUGGUAUAGUCGAGUACGCUGUGCCUAUACUUAACGAGUCAGAAACUAAGCUGCUGGAAGAAAGCAAAUGUGACUUAGAAGAUAUGUUGAACCUAGGCCGCUGCUACGCAGUCGGCGACGAGUACUAUUUGCAUCCAUGCAAAUGUUUCUCGUACUGCGUACCGCCGGAAUGCGAGAAGUGCAUAGAUUGCAGUUAUGAUUCCAGCACGUUAGACAGAAAGAAAAAUUAGUAAUGUAUAUUUUAUAUGAAU